AUGGCACAGUCACUUGAGGCCAAGAUCGUGGUUCUUGGUGCUCAAGGCGUUGGCAAAACGAGUUUGCUGCUGCGGUACAUCAAAAACCAGUUCUCGGCCGCAAACACGACAUCCACGGUCGGAGCGAGCUUCAUGACGAAGAGAGUGGUGGAUGACGAGAGUGACACGGUUGUACGAUUACAGAUAUGGGAUACAGCAGGACAGGAACGCUUCCGAUCGAUAUCGAGGCUCUACUACCGCGGCGCGAACGCCUGUAUCCUCUGCUACAGCAUCACCGACCUCCCCUCCUUCGAAGAAAUGGGCGUCUGGCUCAACGAGCUCCGACGCAACCUCCCCCCCGAUAUAAUCCUCCAUGUCGUGGGCACCAAGGCCGAUCUAGUAGCGAGGGAUCCUUCCGCACGCGAAGUCCCUUUCGAGCGGUGCAUCGCAUAUGUAGCUGAUAACCUCGCGCCGGGGAUGUCCUCCACGCCGCCAGCGACUGCAACCCCCCUCGGAAUGCCUGCCUUUGCAGGGAGGGAGGCGCUGGAUGGGGCGCGAAGCCCGAGUUCUAAGAGGAGCAGUGGGUUUUGGGGACAGGAAGUUGGUUGGGAUUGUUGCCAUGAAGUUAGUGCUGAGAGUGGCGAGGGCGUAGAGGAGGUGUUUAGGGUUAUUACGAGGAAAUUGGUUGAGCAGAAUAGGGCUAUGAGUCAACAGCUAUUGAGCGCGACGGAGACACCGGGUGCUACACCUGGAAUCGACGGUACGCCUGGGGAAGGAGGCGGAGGGUACUUUGAUGGCAUGAGACCUGGUGGUAGUUUCCGGGUAGGGAGGGAUAGGAGGAGUUGGUUUGGAGUUCCGGUGGAAUCGUAUAUUGAGACGCUACCGGAGACCGGACAGGUUGGCGAGGUUAAGACGCGAAGGAAGUGUUGUUAA